AUGGCGGAGUAUCCAGCCUCCAUCUUUGGCACCGAGAAAGUCAACUGUUCAUUUGAUUUCAAAAUUGGAGCAUGUCUUCAUGGAGACAGGUGCUCUUGGUUGCACCAUAAACCGACGUUUAGCCAGACCAUUGCCCUCUUGAACAUUUACUGUAACCCUCAAAACGCUUCCCAGUCGGCCGACGGUUUGCGCUGUGCCGUGAGCGAUGUUGAGAUGCAGGAACACUAUGAUGAAUUUUUUGAGGAGGUUUUUAUAGAACUGGGGGAGAAGUAUGGGGAAGUUGAGGAGAUGAACGUCUGUGACAACCUGGGAGACCACCUGGUGGGGAACGUGUACUUCAAGCUUCCCCGUGAGGAAGAUGCGGAAAAGGCUGUGAUUGACUUGAACAACCGUUGGUUUAACGGACAGCCGAUCCACGCCGAGCUGUCACCUGUGACGGACUUCAGGGGAGCCUGCUGCCGUCAGUAUGAGAUGGGAGAAUGCACACGAGGCGGCUUCUGCAACUUCAUGCAUUUGAAGCCCAUUUCCAGAGAGCUGCGGCGGGAGCUGUGUGGGCAGCGUCGCAAGAAGCAUAGAUCAAGAUCCCGAUCCCGGGAGCGUCGUUCUCGGUCUGGAGACCGUGGUCGUGGCGGUGGCGGUGGCGGUGGCCCAGGCGGCGGCGGCCGACGGGAGCGUGACAGGAGGCGGUUGAGAGAUAGUGAAAGAUCUGGGCGAUUCUGAGCCAUGCCAUUUUUACCUUAUGUCUGCUAGAAAGUGUUGUAGUUGAUUGACCAAACCAGUUCAUAAGGGGAUUUUUUUAAACAACAACAACAACAACAAAAACACAAAGAUCGGUUUCUGAAUAAAAUUUGUAGUGAUAACAGUUAAAAAAAAAAAAAAGAUUCUCCAUAAAUAGGCCGGGCGCGGUGCCUCACGCCUGUAAUCCCAGCACUUUGGGAGGCCGAGGCGGGCGGAUCACAAGGUCAGGAGAUGGAGACUAUUCUGGCUAACACGGUGAAACCCCGUCUCUACUAAAAAUACAAAAAAUUAGCUGCGCGUGGUGGCACACGCCUGUAGUCCCAGCUACUCAAGAGGCUGAGGCACGAGAAUCGCUUGAACCUGGGAGGCGGAGGUUGCAGUGAGCCGAGAUCACACCACUGCACUCCAGCCUGGGCGACAAAGAGAGACUCUGUCUCAAAAAAAACAAAAAACAAAAAACAAUAACAACCCUCCAUAAAUAGUGGAGGGAUGGCUCACCUUUUGGUGCCAGAUCAAAAAGAUGCUCUGAGUGGUGGGAGGGUGGGAGGAGAGUGAGGGACCAGAAAUUGCUUAGUAUGUACAAGGUACACUAUUUGGAUGAUGGCUAUGCUAAAAGCCCAGACCUCACCACUACGCAAUAUAUCCAUGUAACAAAACUGUCUUUACACCCACUAAAUCUAGAAUUUAAAAAAAGCUCUGAGGAGAUAAGUAGACUUGACCUCUCUAACUCAAGAUGCGGAAACAGAGCUACCACAGUCUUGCUUCCAUUCCUUAUGGCUCAAACCUUCAAAUGUCUUUUGCAAAGGCAAGCAACUGAUUCUUCUCCUGCCAGGCUUGAGUUAUUAAACUCCCAUUACAUUUAGACAAAAUGCAAUUCUCAAAAUAGGAUGCAAACACAAGCGCCAAUGUGCCUAGUAAACUGAAGGAAGGAAGAAUGAUUGAAAGUACAAAGAUCUUUCAAAAUCAACAUUGGAUACAACAGAUUCAUAAUUCUUUUUAGAAGUUAGCUCUGGAAGGGGCACUAGAUGGACAGAACAUAAGGGUUCAUUUCUGUCUCCCUGACUCUGUUUUUCAAUUAAGUUUUAGGACUUGCCAAAAAUAUUCUAGGGUUUGGAAGAGAAAAAGGUAAAAAGGUUGCAAGAGUGCAAGAUUUCAAGAUUCAUCUUUGAAAGCUAGGCUAAUGGAUUAGUCUGCCAAAAAUAUGAAAAUAUAAAAAUAUUAUAAAUUAGUCAGAUGUCCAUGGCUGUAAUCUGUUUGCCUGAUGCUAGAUGUACUUAUGAUAGGAAAAACAGGUGGCUUAAAAAUAGCUAGAAAAUGUUAAGUACUUAUAUAACACAUUUUUUUGUUUUAAGUAUCAAAUGGGUUGUUAUCUUAGUAGGGUUUCCAGUAAAAGAAGCGCCUAUGAUUUAACUUUGACCAAUGGUAAGUUUUCCCAUUUUAGGAUUUCAGUGUUCAUUUAGGGAACUAUAAUACCAUGUAGUACAAAUCCUUUAUUAAAUCAAUGCAUUCAUUAUCUGAAAUAAAAGUUUUAUUCAAUCACUGUGUUUUGAUAGACUAGACUAUCGCACACAGGCAGGAGAUAAUGGAUUGAAGAGAGUGUCCUUGAAGGAGAGGAGCUCACAGCUCCUUUCUUAUACAUUCCCAGGAGACAGUCCAUUUCUGAAACCAUCAAGAUUUCAGAAGGCUGGCAAGGACUGUGAGCCAGCCCUGUGUGGUAUAACAAAUCAGCACAUGAAGGAGCUAACUAUAUAACUAGUGAGAGGAAAAAAAUGAAAUCACCUCUGCUUAAAAUCUCUCCAUGUCGUCUUUUAACUUAUUUAAGGUGAUUGGCUCAGGUGGCUUUAUGGCGACCCAGCCAUGUGUAUGGUAAGGAGUCACUAGAAGCCAUCAUCAAAGUUAGUAAAUCUAUUUCUGCUCUCUGCAAGCUUUACUCACUUAAAUUGAUCUGCCCAUCUCUCUUACUGCCCAACAAUUAGGGAAAGAGCAGGAAGUGCUCUUAGGAGAGGGAGGAGAAAGAAUACGAGGGCUACUAGGCAGAUAUGCACAAACACAACACAGAUCCAGAAAAAAGAUGCUAAUUGGUAUUUUUACAUUGGUUUGCAAGAGGGAAAUCAAGGCUCAUUUAAGAAAAUGCUCACUUUCGGGGCCGGGCACGGUGGCUCAUGCCUGUAAUCCCGGCACUUUGGGAGGCUGAGGUGGGUGGAUCAUGAGGUCAGGAAUUCAAGACCAGCCUAGCCAAGAUGGUGUAACCCUGUCUCUACUAAAAAGACAAAAAUUAGCUGGGCAUGGUGGUGGGUGCCUGUAAUCCCAGCUACUCGGGAGGCUGAGGCAGAGAAUUGCUUGAACCCGGGAGGUGGAGGUUGCAGUGAGUGGAGAUCAUACCACUACACUCCAGCCUGGGCGACGGAGUGAGACUCCAUCUCAAAAAAAAAAAAAAAAAAAAAAAAAAGCUCACUUUCCCAUAACUGCCUACAACUUUGUGCACUGAUAGGGUCUUACAUACUUUUGUGUUUUGGAUGCUG